AUGGCAAGUUUAAUGGCUAAAAAGGUUGCACAUUCGCUUCGAGAAUCGGAGAAGAAAACUCGUCAAGUCUUUAAACCUAUUCUUGAUAACCCCUACACCCAAUCCACUACAUGGCCCUUUGUCGAUCCUAAGACUGGGGAAGAUAUCAUAGUACUAUUGGAACAACUUUUGGCACCAAUAGGAUCACACAAACAAAUUUUAAAAGACAAUGCCACGAAUAAUUCGUUUGUUCCACCGGAAAAACCUCAGGUUGAAUCUCAUGUAACACUUGGAUUUAAUUCCACAGUGAAGACACUCGAAAAUCAAGCAUCGAUUACCCGGAAACGAGUGUUUGGCACCAAGGCUAAAGUAGAAAAGAGUUCAAGAUUCGUAAAAUACGUUUUUGUCGCAAAAUAUGACAUCACUCCUGCAAUAUUACUCAAUCACUUCCCCGUGUUAGCAUUCACUUCUUCUCGUUCGCUUGAAGAAAGAGUCAAGUUAAUCCAACUUCCCAAAGGAGCCAUGGCUCGGUUAUCAAAGGCCACAGGAAUGGACCAUUUGGGUAUAGUAGGUCUAGAACAUGACACUGACGCAGCUCAAUCUCUAUUCACAAUGAUCAAUAAUGGAAUUGGUAAUGUUGAAGUGCCUUGGUUAAUGGGGAUCUUUAGUGAGAGUAAGUCCAUACCGUUUUACGACCCUUCAGUAAGGUUUUUAUCAACUACAGCUCCGAUUGUCAGUAAGAAGCAAGCCAAGAGACUAUCGCAGGAACCUGAACAGAACAAAGAACAGAAGAAGCAGAAGAUUGACAAUGCUGCGUGA